GUUUGAAUCAAAUUUCAUUAUGUUCCUAAAAGCUACAGCAUUAAUCCCUCCAAUCAAGACUUGUCAUAGUAAUUGUCUGCCAGGAACUUCAAUCCUAUGUCGCUAUGGAUACCAUUUCAUUGUGGCUUCAAAAGAAUGUAUCAAUGGUCUUCGCUUGGAACCCGUCUUCGAAAGCACACCUCCUUGGUGAAUACCCGACAAAAUCCCCAUGCAUCCUCAGCAACUGUGCCAGCUCUUGCGUUUGGAUAUUUCGUUCUUAAACGUGGACUUAUCAGACUGAUCCGCAUCAUUGAUCUCCGUCGAAGCCUCACUGUAGUCAUCAGAGUACUUCCUCAAUGCCCCGAGCCCGUCCAAACGAUCAAUGUCAAUUGUCCCUUCAGCGUCCUGGUGCUGUUGUUACUCAGAUUUUCGUGUCCGGCGCGGUUUUCCUUGAGAUCCCAUAACGUUUCCGACUGCGAUUUUGCGGCGUUCUCGCAUGCCAAAGUACAGGCCCGAGACGACAAUGAUAACAACACCUAGACUAACCGGUAGGCCAAUGCACAGUGCGAGUUUGUUAAACGGUAGCUGUGGCGAAGGUUUGUAAUGCUCUACAGGUUUGGGAUGAAACGUGAUAGUCGGACCCUGUCGUGCACUGGCUCUCCUGCUUGACGCAGGGUCAAGUUCGAUAAUAUAGAGCGUAAGUUCAUUUGCGAGGUUUCCCCUGAAGCCACUCUUUACGCAUGUAAAGAGUGAUAUAUCCGUAGCUAUUGGCAGUUUUCUCCGAGGUAAACGCCGAAUCUCAGGGAGGAAUUGGAAUAUCGGAGUUCAAUCGUAAUGGUCGCGUUGAGGGGGUAAUGAUCUGAAUUCCACGUAACGUAAUAAUCUGCAUCCACCAUUAUGUCGGUUC